AUGAAUCCACAACUCGACCCCCACGGCGGAGCACCCGGCCAGGUAUACUCGCGGCAAACGACAGGGCAACCAUCCACAGCUUCCGCGGCAGGGACCCGAAGUAGCUCGCAGGGCUUUGGCUACUCGUACGAUCAGGGCUAUGGCGGUCAUCAGGGCAAUCCGCCAUACGGCGCCCAAGAGUACGGUUCCGAGCAAACUUCGCAGCGUGUCCAUCACUACGCUCAACAAGGCCACAACUCAAUGUACAGCAUGCCCAGCGCGCAGGCAUCAGUGCAAGGUCCGACACAGUAUGAUUCUGUGCAACCCUACCAGAGUCGGGAGACACCGUUAGACGUCCUGAGUGGAGGGUAUACGCCGGUCGCACAAGGUCAAUAUUACAAUGUGUCGGGCCAGGAGGCGCCAGCGAGUGCGCCAGUUGGAGGAAUGCCAGCGCAUCCACCCUCACAGUAUGCCUCGAUGGGAUAUACACCAACACCGCCUCCAGGCGCUGUCGGACGAGAGUCGGUUACUCCCUCCUACACGGCCGCAGGCAUGACAGACCCACACCAACCCGCGUCUCGAGGUCCCUAUCCCGAGGCUGGAUUCACUGAACAGAGCGCUCACAACUGGGAUCAGUAUUAUGGCCAGUUUCGAGAUGCCGCGAAGCAGAUCUUCACCGCCGUGAAGAAUGGGCAGCUGAGCGAAGCCGGAAGGCACCUACUCUCCCUCACGGAUUGGCUGUUCCAAGUAGCCGAAACCCUCGGGCUACAUCGCGACGACGCAGAGCAGCAGCAACAGAAGCUCAAAUUCUGGGAGGAGUUCAACAAUUGCUGGUUGUCUACUUUACAAAAGCAGAAGGAUACGACGGAGGGCCUCAAGAAGUCUGGCCACUCAAUGUCGUCGCCGUCCCUGAUCAGCCACGAAUUUCUGAAACGAAUGGGUGACCAGAUUGUGAAGUUCUCCAACGCUUUCGAGAAGCAUGGCCUUGUGGAUUAUCAAAUGGGUAUCUGGGAGGAGGAGAUCAUUGCGAUGAUCAUAAAAUGCCAAACCAUUCUCGAGGACAGUGGCCUCGCAGGGGAUCUACCGCAACGGGUCGAAGCUCAAUCUUCGCGCAAGUAA